AUGCCCUCUGAGUCUAGCCCUCUUCUCUCCUUUAGCGCCAAAACAAACAAUGAUCUUACCGCUAGUAACCACGGAAUUCUUCGGGAACUUUGGGUUAUCUAUCUAAUAUAUCUCUUUACAGCUAUCUUAGGCACCAUUAGCAUCGGGUCAAAACUUCGUAUCAAAACUGAAAUGAUAUAUAAUUCAAUCUCAUGGGACUCGGCCGAUGUGUUUUCGAAACAAGAUUGUCUAUCAGAUAUUGUGGACUCGCGCGUUACGUGGCUCAGGACGAUUGAAUCAGUCACUCUGGGAUGUUUUUCCGCCCUUUCGACGGGAUAUUGGAGCCAUUUAGCCCAGACGCGCGGUCGCUCUCUCGUACUCUUGAUCGUCUUUCUGGGUCUCGGCUUGAAUGAAUUGAUCUUUAUCCUGGUCAAAUGGUUCGAAUGA